CUGGAGAGAAUACAGCGCAUCACACCAACCAAUGGAGGGGAGACAGAAGUCACAUGAUCAGCUACUUCCCUACAGGGAACACUAGGUGCCACAUACAGUCCCGGGCACCCACACUGCUGUAUUCCUUGUUACAGACUGAGGACAUGAGAUGAACACUGGAAGAAGGAGAGUUGUGGGGGAGACAUGAUGGAGCGCUACAGGCACUUACACAGGAUCAUUCUCAUGGUUGUUCUGCAAGGGGGGUUCCCAGGUUCGUACAGUCAGGAUUGGGCCAUUACCCUCCCUGAAUCCAUCAGAGCAUUGAGAGGAUCCUGUGUGGAGAUUCCCUGCACAUUCACCCGCCCCAGGGGCAACAAGGACUUCCGUCUGGUUUGGUACAAGGAAAAACUUCUCUUUGACAAUAUAAUAUUCAGCCAAUGGGAUCCCUCUGAUGUGAGUGAGGGUUACAGAGGCCGCACUUCCCUGGUCGGCAAUGAGCCAAACAACUGCUCCCUGAGGAUUAUUGGUGUGCAAGAAAGUAGGAUUUAUUUUCCCUAUAUACAUGGGAACUGUUAUUUCUCUCUCACUACUAAUCCUCCAUGUCAGACAGUGCAGGUUACAGUCUCAGAUGUUCCCAAUGAGCCAGCAAUACAGAUACCCACAGAUCUAACUGAGGGGGAACGUACCCCCAUCUCCUGCUCUGUAGAACACACGUGCCCCCCCAGGCCCCCUACUCUACAGUGGAACAGAGCUGGGUAUAAUACUACAUACAAUCAGAAAAGACUUAAGGAUGGAGUAUGGAAAGCUGAGACUGUAAUGGAAUAUCUCCCCUCCUACCGGGAUCAUGGGGCUGAACUUAUAUGUGAAGCUACGUAUCCAAAUGGGCUCAGAUCCCAACGCUGGGUCACUUUAAACAUAAGAUCUGCACCGACAGGAGAGGGACUGCCCACGAGGACUUUACGCGGGGGCGGAGCUGUUGCUGUAUUGGUCAUACUAUUGGCUCUGGCUCUUUAUUUAUUCCUAAGACACAGAAAGUCACAGAAAGGGGGAGAGUCAGGAGGCCGGGGAGCGGAGGCCAAUGUUCAGAAUCCCCAGGCCACGGAGAGUCCCUACAUUAAUGUACAGAUAAAAGACACAGCCAUGUAUGAAGAUAUGAAGCCUGCUGAGAGUCCCUACACUGCCCUACAGACAAGAGACACGGCCGUGUAUUAUGGAAUCAAGAAUUCCCAGCCCACUGAGAGUCCCUACACUGCCCUACAGACAAGAGACACGGCCGUGUAUUAUAUAAUCAAGAAUCCCCAGGCCUCUGAGAGUCCCUACAUUAACCUACAGACAAGAGACACACAUGUGUUCAAAGAAAGGAAGCCACAAAUCCAUCAGCAGAACAGAUCCAAAUGAGCGCAACAAGGGGAGGCCGACCAUUGAGCUGAGCGCAUGGAAAACACAAAGCUCUGAGCUACCAACCCAUUAGCUUCCUGCUGAUUAUUAGGCUAAAAACACAUUUGCAAAUAUUUCUGCAUAAUAAAACCUUCACCCUCCAUCAAUAGCUUUAUUCAAGUAAUGAGCAGAGGAACAGCACAUCUGCUGCCUGCUAUGGCCUUAGGGAGUUUAGAGCUCAGACUAGUUGCUCACACUCACUGGCAUAACUAGUGUGUACAGGUAUGGGA